CUGGAAGUCAUUUCUGAAAUACUUGUAAGUUGCCAUUACCUCAGAAUGCUUUCAUGUUGAUGCACCUUUCCAUUGAUUUCUGAAUGUGCCUCUUCAUUAGAAUGAUCUUACCCAGUAUGCCCCAAAGAAGAAUGUACUACUCCCUCCGUUCCAAAUUACUCGUCGCAGAAAUGGAUGUAUCUAGAACUAAAAUACAUCUAGAUACAUACCUGCGACAAGUAAUUUGGAACGGAGGGAGUACUUGUGAUUGCAUUUUAAUAGGGAAUGUUUUUAUCUAAUAUACUGCUUUAGAAGGUCUGGUCCUGCAAAGUAAGCUGAAUUAUAUACACACAACAGGACAAAAUUUCAGCAUCAUACAUCAUGAUGAUUUCUGGUUAAAUUCCAAUCAUAUAGCCGCCCCUACAAUUUUAGUCCAUUUACGGGUCAAAUCGGAUGGGGUGUAAUCAGCUGCCUCAGUUGAAAGUUGAACCAGGUAUUGCCCACAGCAAAAUGCAGACCAGGAAACGUGGGUUGAAUUAAGUGAUCACAUGGUGUGCUGCAAAUGCAAACUAGAAUUCCAACUUGAUCAGGGCCCCAAGGAUAAGGCAUGCCCAGAAACCAUGGGUUCUGUCAGCCAUCAGCCCUUUCAUGCCAAAACACAUUUGAGACAUGCUGGUAUGGAUGGCUGGUCAUAUAAUUUUUUAGCUUAAUGCCUCUAACAGGUGAAGUAAUAAGUCUACAGUACAUCAACAAUCAUGGAGCUGGAAGCAUUGGCUCCACCGCACCCCUUACUGAUAACCAAAAAUCUGGUCCCAAAAAAAUCUGAUCAAAUGAUUUGUCACGUUGUCUGCGUCUGCAAUAUUGCAUGCAGAGCACUCAUGGCCUUGUCUCCUGUAGUCCUGCCCACCACCUUUUCUGGUAGCUACACAUAACCCAUCCCUUGAACUAUAAAUCCAUGAUCUGCUCAACACAACUUCUUCAUCUGCAAACAACACCGCAAUCUGUGAAAAGCUCCAUCACACCAUCAGAGCAGAAGUGCAAUUUAGCCAAGAACACAUAACAGCCAUGAUCUAUUCAAAGAAGCUUGCUCAACUUGCCAAGAAGUGGCAGAGGAUGGUGGCAAUCGGUGGCCAGCAGACUGCAGGCACCGACGGAUGCUGCAGCACCACCUCUGUCGCAGACAGGGGCCAUUGUGUCAUGUACACUGCUGAUGGGUCUCGGUUCGAGGUUCCGUUGGUGUACCUUGGCACAAUGGUCUUCAGUGAGCUCCUGAGGAUGUCUCAAGAGGAAUUUGGCUUCUCCAGCGAUGGCAAGAUCACAGUACCUUUUGAUGCUUCUGUGAUGGAGUAUGUGAUGUGUUUGAUUAGGAGAGAUGCCUCUGAAGAGGUUGAAAAGGCGUUCCUGAGCUCCAUAGCAAGGCCUUGCCACAGUGCGAGUUGUGUAGCUUCAGUGAGACUUAAUCAGCAAUUUGCUGUUUGUAGCUAGUGAUAAAUGUUUUUGUUCAGUUGAAUGUAAAUUGAAGAAUUGUAGGGAAUGAAAAGAAUAUACUGAUUUUCUCUUGUCUUAGCAGACCAGUUGAUAAUUUCACUGAAAAUUUUGACAUCCUCAUUAUUAUUUAUACCCACAUCUUUGGUGUUGGUACUCGCUAAAUGUUCUAGAUAGGACUCAGUCAGCUAGUAGACUGACCGACUUCAUUGCUGAA